AUGGCGCGACUCUCGUUGAUCCCCCUAUUGGCCCUCCUCACCCUCGCCGUCGCCCUCUCAGUCGAACCCAACUCCCUCCGAGCAAACGCCCAGCUUAACCCAAUCGCCGUCGACACCGCCACGCCCCGCCUCACAUGGCGCCUCACCUCUUCCAAACGCAGCGAUAACCAAACGGCCUACCAAAUCCACGCCUCCUCCACCUCGUCAUUCACCUCCACGCUAUGGGACACCGGCAAAGUGUCCUCCGCGGACCCCUGGGCAAACUACGCCGGCGACGCGCUAUCCUCCCGCUCGGCCGUCUUCUGGCGCGUCAAGGUCUGGGACGCCGCCGGCGCCGAGUCGUCGUGGAGCUCCACGGGGACCUUUGAAGUAUCCCUCCUCGACAGGCAAGACUGGGGGGACGCAGAAUGGAUCACCAACAAGGCCUUCGCAACAGGGACCACGUCCCUCCCGCGCUUCGCGAGGCCCUUCACCGUGACGUGCCCCGUGACGCAAGCCCGCCUGUACAUCCUCGGCCUGGGCCUGCACUAUCCCCUCCUCAACGGCGUCAAGGUGGGCGAUGACGUGCUCUCGCCGGCGUACGCGACGCUGAACAAGACGAUGCCGUAUUCCACCUACGACGUCCUCGACGGGCUCCGCCUCGGUCGGAACGUGCUUGCCGUGGAACUCGGCAAGGGAAUCUACGACAACACGGCGCCGUUGCUUGGCCGGUAUACAAAGUUCAAGCAGGCUGCGCGGGAACUCAUGCUACUCGCGCAAUUGGAGUAUACGUGCGAGGACGGAACCGUGGAAAAGGUAGCUACUGACUCGUCGUGGGUGACUACCGUCGACGGACCGUGGAUCGAGGCGCAUUGGUACGGCGGUGAGGAAUAUGACGCGCGCAAGGAGGUCGACGGGUGGGCUGGUGUGUGUCACAAUCGGUCGUCUUGGGUUAACGCGAGCGUCACGACGCCGCCCGCGGGGAAACUUGUUAGUCCGCGCUCGCCGCCUCUCAAAGUUACCGAGACGAUAGUUGCAAAGUCGGUCAGAAAGGCUUCCAACGGACAAUGGGUGUUUGACCUGGGCACCAACAUCGCGGGUCACUUCACGCUUCACAUCAAAAACCAGGGCGAUAAAGCAGGUACACGAAUUACGUUUUGGCCGGGAGAAACAGCGGGUGCGGACGGCGUAAGCCAGGCGUCAAGCGGCUCCCCUAUCUUCGACGCAUACACACUGUCCUCGUCCGAUGUACAGGCUUACACGCCGCGGUAUCUUUACCAUGGGUACCAGUACCUCGGCGUGAACCUCACUUGGACGCCAGAAGCAUCAGAUCUGGUGGGCUAUGUAAUUCGCGCCGCCAACGAGCCCGUCUUGACGCUCUCGACUUCAAACUCGCUCUUCAACUCUAUCCAUGGGCUAGUCGACCGCUCAAUCAGGGGCAACAUGCACUCGGUCCUCACUGACUGUCCGCACCGGGAAAAGUACGGCUGGUUGGAACAGGACCAUCUUGUCUUUGGACCUUUGACGAUGGGUUACGAUUUGGAAGCGUACUUGGACGAUCUGGUGAGGACCAUCGGCGACGCGCAGGCCUCUGAUGUUCCGGGCCUCAUCCCGGAUAUCGCGCCCGAGUACGGGAAUCCCAUGGGCGGAGGAUACCGAAAUGACCCGAAUUGGGGGAGCGCCGUGGUUCUUGUGCCGCUCAAGGCGUAUAAGCAGUACGGCGAUAUAUCCAUCCUCACGAAGAAACGCAAGGAAAUGGUCGAGUAUGUGGAUUACCUCGUCCGUCGCGCCGGGGGCAAACCGUAUCUGAAUGACGGCGGUUUGGGAGAUUGGCUGAACCUGGAUACUUCAACACCCAAAGGUGCUGCUUCCACAUUUGGGUUCCAUGGAGCUGCGCAGGGAAUGGCUGAAGUUGAGGCGCUUCUAGGGAACGAGGCGGAGGCGGAGAAGUAUGCUGCGCUCGCAGAGAGUCUGAGGCAGGGUUUCCACGGAAUGUGGUUUAACCAGACAGCCGGGGGGAACUACUACUGCACGAACUCCCAGGGUUGUAACGCGUUUGCGUUGGGUAUGGGUGCUGCACCGGGGGAUACGCGCGAGAAGGUUCUCGCCUCCAUAGUAGAGUCCCUGGAGAAGCGCAACUGGGCUAUGACGGUCGGUGAAAUUUCUCUCCCCUCGCUUUUUGAGGAGCUCCAUGACGCGGGUCGAGAUGAUGUGCUGUACAACAUCAUGAGCAACGACAAGGACUGGGGCUACGGAAGGAUGGUCAGAGAGGGCGCUACGUCGCUGUGGGAGCACUGGGAUCUACCGGUGACGGGCGGCUCGAGGAACCAUUUCAUGUUCGGGUACGCUGACUCUUGGAUCAUUCGUCUUAGCGGUCUUGCGCAAAGAGAAGGGAGUGUUGCGUGGAGGGAGAUUGAGUAUGCGCCAAUUGUCGUGGGUGAUUUGACGUUUGCUGAGACAAGAUACCGCACUCCGCGAGGCGAUGUGAGUGCUAAGUGGGAGAGAGAUGGAGGGCGGUUACAGUAUGAGAUUGUUGUGCCUGUUGGGUCAACGGGCUGGGUUGUGUUGCCGGCAGUUGAUGUACAGGAGGGCGGCGCGGCUAUUAAGAGCGGAGAGGGAGUGGUAUCUUUCGAGGAGAAGAAUGGGACGACGACGAUUUUGGUGGGUUCCGGAACAUUUUCUUUUUCAGGGACGUUGAGCGAUGAUUGA